CCGAGAUCGACCUCACCGCGGUCGGUCUUGACAUUGAAGAGGAUUCCUGCAACGAGUUUGAAGACACCGAGGGGGAUAACCAGGAGGAAGUGUACUAUCAUUACGGGUACCUGCGUGGCGAUGAUGUCGGGGGCGACGAGGAGGAGGUCUGGAUGGAUGUUGAGGACGCGUGAGUGUUUGACGAGACGAAUUCAAGCACGGUACCGUUCUCAUCGCUCCUCUCUGCCGCGCAGCAGCUACGAAGCUACGUUCCAUCAAGAAAUGGAUGUGGGCGAAGAGCUGGAUCUAUUUGCUUACCGGCUCCCAACUGCUGCUGAGCAGACCGCCCAAGCUGGGAAUGGAGCUGAGGAUUAUGAACCUAGUGAUGUUCAAGGAGAGUUAGAAGAGGAAGAGGAAGAGUACAUUGCCCCUUCCCCGUCUGCCGCCAUGGCACUCCUUCUGCAGCGCCUGGGUCUCGAUGGCCUGCGCCAGCUCGUCGCAGCUCGCACACUGCGCAUCGUCGAUGGGAACAACCACCAAUAUGCACUAGGGAGCGGCUGGAAUCGUCAUCUAGGUACCAAUAGAGAAGAAGAGGAAGAGGUCAGCGAUGACUCAGACGGCGGUGGGUACUGGUGGAUGAGCAAUACCUGUCGCUUCGAUCGCAAGAUGAGCGAUCGCUGGAAAUUGAUAUCCGAGGGCUUGGAGGCAGGCAGAGAGCUGCGCUGGAGCGGCGAGUUUGGCCGCGUUAGGCGAAAGGCGCGAGAAUGGCAAAGCUCGGCGUUUCAGCGGCCUUUCAACCUCUCGUCGCGCAUUGCUGGCUGGCGAACUCGUGCGAGUCCUCUGGCUGGCGGCUUUUCUUGCAGCAAUUCAGCACACUCUUACGCAAUUCCAAAGCAGGAUCUCUCCGCCUACGUGCCCAAUCAUGAGGGCGUCGAGGUGACACGGUACAGUGCUUCACCUGUCUACGUCGCUGCGUACUCUCCGGACGGCUCUUUCUACUACACUUGCUGUCGAGACUUUACGAUCCAGCUGUACGACGCGACGAAAGCACCUUCCACGGUUGUGCAGCACAUUGCGGCGCCUGACUUUGGUGGCGCACGGCGUCGACUGCGUCCGAUGGCUAACGAUGGGUUAGACGACCAUGACGACUUGGUGUACACAACACUGCAUCAGCUCAAGAGCGUACGAGGCCGUGUCGGAGGAUGGACAGUGACCGACGCUGUUCUGAGCCCGGACAAUCUCUGGAUGAUCUACGCGACGGCCAGCAGCGCCGUCACGCUCAUUCCCACGUCUCACGAGCAGGCGGGCGAUAACGCUGGAGAAGACGACGGGGGUGCCACUCCUGCAGCAGCUUAUUCCUCGGCAGACCAGCGGCAGGUAGUGCUCGAUUUCGGAGCAGCAGACGAGGCCAGUGGUAGAGGCCGAGACACGCGGGAUAGCUCGCCGAUCUGGUCUCUGAGUUUCUCGGGCGACAGCAAGGAGAUCAUCGCAGGCGCCAAGAACGGGGAGAUCUGCGUGUACGACAUUGAGGCGCGGUGCCGGGUUCUCGGGAUUGACGCACACAACGACGAUGUCAAUGCCGUGUGCUUUGCGGACGACCAUGCGCAGAAUAUGCUCAUCAGCGGCAGCGACGACUCGUUUGUCAAGGUAUGGGACCGCCGUUCGCUCAGUGGUGGCAAGGCAGCAGGCUGGCUACCGGGCCACACGGAGGGCAUCAGCUACCUGUGCCCGAAAGGCGAUGGCAGGUAUCUGUUGUCAAAUGGGAAGGACCAGGCAUGCAAGCUGUGGGACCUACGGAUGAUGAAGAGCGAGGGCAGCGUCGAUCGCACGACGCACUUCGGUAUCCCGCGAUUCGACUAUCGCACAACGAGGUAUCCACGGCCGCGCUACAUGAACCACCCGCAGGAUGCAAGCGUCAUGUCGUACCGUGGGCACAGCGUGCUGUACACGCUUGUUCGAUGUCGCUUCAGCCCCGCAUCGACGACGGGGCAGCAGUACGUAUACUCUGGCUCGGCAGAUGGUCGCAUUCAUAUCUGGUCUCUUGACGGGCAGCUCAUCCAGGUGCUCGACCGUGCCAAAGCCCAAUCGAUCUUUAACACCCGCGACGACAUAUGGGGGUCGCGAGGCGUGCUGCCCGCUGCGGACCCUCUGGCGCCCGUGUCUGAAUUCGAGCGCGCCAAGCUGGACUUGGCGCCGCGGACGAAUUUCUGCGUGCGUGACGUAUCGUGGAGCCCAACGGAGCCGGUUCUGAUGAGUGCUUCGUGGGAAGGCGGGCGGGGCACGUACGGAAGCGUCGUCCGGCAUGAGUGGAAGGGGUUCGGCAAGAACGGACUGACGAGCUUGAGUGAUUGGACGGAGAGACUUCGGAAUGAGAUUCCAUAGACGCGCUUGGUGUGUUGAAUACAGAGCAUGUGGACCAUGAAAGCACGAUAUUGUACCAGUGGUGUCCACACCGACCUGACGAGCAGAUUGCACCGAAUCAACGGGUGCCUGGCUGCAAUCGACACAAUAGACUGGUGUAGUGCCUUUGCUCUUGGGGCUGUGGCCUUUAUUACACUCGUCCAACAGUCAAGCCGACGCAUACGAUUGGUGGCAAUCGCGGC